AUGGCACCAAACGUUGAAUCUAUUACCCAGGAGUUUGCUAAGCUUAACUUGACCAAGUUGGCUCGCGAAAAGGGUCCUUAUAUUGUAUAUCCUGAGACCAAGUACCCAGAAUUGAAGGCUUUCAAGCAUGUUGAUCCUGCCCAUCGUGGUGACCCUAAAAAGGCCUCCCUCUUCAACAACGCCAAGAAGAUUUACGAUCUUACUCCUCACAUUGGUACCGAGAUUGAAGGUCUUCAGCUCUCCCAAUUGAAUGAUACCCAAAAGGAUGAUCUUGCUCUCUUGGUUGCCGAGCGUGGUGUGGUCUUUUUCAGAGACCAAGAUAUUGAUGUUUACCAGGGUAUUGAGUUUGGAAAACAUUUCGGCCCUCUCCACAUCCACAACACCUUUGGUCACCCCGAGAACCUUCCCGAGAUUCAUAUUGUUUACUUUGACACAAGUAGCAAGAAAUAUCUUGCUGACUACAUCCGCAACGCCUCUGAUGGCUGGCACUCGGACGUGACCUAUGAGGAUCAGCCUGCUGGUCUGACUCUUCUCAAGAUCGACACCUUGCCCAGCGUCGGAGGUGACACAAUGUGGUCUUCUGGCUAUGCUGCCUACGACCGUCUUUCUCCUGCUCUCCAGAAGCUCCUCGAAGGUCUUGAGGCUGUCCACACUGGCCAGAGCCAGAUUAACCAGGCCUUGGCUCAAAAACAUACCGUUCGUCGCAACCAUGUAGUGGCCACUCACCCUAUCAUCCGCACCCACCCAGUCACCGGAUGGAAGGCACUCUUUGUCCAGCCUGGUUUCGUAAGCCAUAUCGUUGGCCUGUCCAAGCGCGAGUCGGAUACUAUCCUCAAGCUCUUGUACGAGCACAUCUCUGGUGGCCAUGACUUCCAGGUCCGUUUCAAGUGGACCGAGAACAGUGUGGCUGUCUGGGACAACAGAGUGACCAAUCAUUGUGCUAUCUUUGAUUACCUUGAGAUCGGCAAGCGCCACGGAUGGAGAGUUACCCCCCAAGCCGAGAAGCCUUACUUUGACCCCAAGUCAAAGUCCAAGAAAGAGGCUGAAACUGAGGCUUCUGUCGCCGCCGCACAAAAGAAACCAUAA